CUCGACUUCGACUGCGACCAAACACUCACUCGCCCCCACCACAAUCCGCUCGCUCGAAGCAGCGCAACCAGGAGGAGUAGCAAAGAUGGGCGACAAGGAGAAGGACAUCGACGUGGACGCCGAGCUCCUGGCAGCUGGCCGCGAGUUCGACAAGGAUGCAGAGAUAGACCGCAUUCUCAGCGUCUUCAAGCUGAAUGCCUACGCCGUCCUCGACCUCACCCCCGGCGUCCCCGAAUCCGACAUCAAGAAAACCUACCGCAACAAAUCCCUCCUCAUCCAUCCGGAUAAGACGCCUAACCCCAAAGCCCCCGAAGCCUUCGACCGCCUCAAGAAAGCCCAGUCCACCCUCAUGGAUGAGAAGGCGCGGACAGAGCUUGACGAGCACAUCGCCGACGCGCGCAUGCUACUCAUGCGGGAGCGCAAACUCACCGCCGACGACGAGGAGACCAGGGACGAGGAGUUCGCGAAGGCGUGGAGGGAGAAGACGACAUGGGUCAUCAUGGACAACGAGAAGCGCAAGAAGCGGCAGAUGGAGGCGCAGAUGCGUGAGGAGGGCCGCCAGCAGCGCAAGGAGGAGGAGGAGAUUGCGGAGCGCAAGCGCAAGAGGGAUCAUGAGGAUGCGUGGGAGAAGACGAGGGAUGUGCGCAUCAACAGCUGGCGGGACUUCCAGAACGGGAAGAAGCCGGAUGCGGAGGGCGGCAAGAAGAAGAAAAAGAAGAUCAAGGCUUUGGGAUGAGCAGGCGAGACACGCCUCGUCCAUUGUUUCUUGAUGGGAGUUAUAUACUGCACCCAGGCGUCCGGCAGGCUUCUGCAUAUCAUGGGAGCUCAUGUUGAGCAUGGAGUUGCUGAAGGGUAUAUUCGGCGUAUGAAUAGUGCUGCCCAAGCAGCAAAUGCGUGACUGGCUUUCAAAGGUCUAUACUACGACGGCAUUUGGCUCAGCUAUCAAUGGGUUAAAGUAAGCUCUAUUGGACCCUACUUUAUCUGCGAAGCUUAGUGAUUGUAGUUCUGGC